CUCGAAAUUCAAAUCCAAACGUUCGGUUGUUGUCCGCCCAAGUCGUGUUCGGUUUUUUGUUGAAAAUUCUUCCGUUUUAUUUAUUGUGUGAUUGUUAAAUAAGUGAUCCAUUGCAAUGCCCGGAGAGGUUUCCAACUUGGCCAACGUGUACGCAUUUCUGCGGGACACAUACGAUAGCGUAGACUUCCAGCUGGCACCUCCCCCAACGUAUGUGGAAUCGCUGGCAGAAAUCGGAACAACGAAAAUAAUUUUCGUCUACAAAUACGAUGAAAUUCGAAGCAAGGCGAUGCUGACGGAUGGCGGAAACUAUUACAGUCCCAAGACGAGUGAUUCCUCUCAGCAGAAUCUGGAUUUGACUGGGUCCCCCUUGAAGGAUGAAGUCAAGCUGGAAGAUUUGGAUUUGUCGGAUGAUCAGGGACUGUUGGUUUGUUUGGAGAAUCCCUGGCUAGCGAAGGAAGAAUUUUUCUCGCCGGUUCCGGUGGAAAAGGCUCGCAGCAUUCUGCAGGAAGUGCUGGGAAAUGGUUCCGUCAUCGGAACCGGACAGUUGUGGGCUCUCUGCGAUGGGAAAGAUGCCGACCAAACUCUGCUUCUGCAGCUGGAACUGAACGGAACGAAUCGGUUUGUUCGGGGAGCUGUUAAGCUGCUGGGAUAUUUUCCAGAGAACCAGCUUCCGAUGAGCAAAAUGCAACGGCUGCACGAAACGAAGAUGCCCGGAUGUACCCAACAGCUGGAAACGACCAUAGAGUUGUGGUACAAAAUCCAGUCGCACAUCAGCGUCAAGUUGCGGUGGAUUUCCCGCUCGGAUCAGCCCUCGUUUUGCAUCAACAAAAAGGCGGACAUUCUGCUGCGGCAGGGCAUCCACGUGGACGAAACCAAAUCGGUAGCCGAGUACUUCUGGAGCCAUCUGCAUUUGCUGGUUAACAUCAAGGAUUACAUUUUGCAAAUACGGUCUUCGGGAUUGCAGAAUUUUCACGAUGAGAGAUAUGGAGGUCCGGCCUUGGAUGUUGAGGCCGUCAAAGCCAAGGUGCUGAGGAUUUUGACCGAGUUUUGUGUUGUGGAAUCAACGGAGUAUAAGUUGACGCAUAUCGGAACGAUUGUGGAACGGGUUAAGAAUCGAUCGGCGACCGAUGUAACGGAUCGAUUGUGGAGUGUUCUGAAGGCAUGUUCUGACUACGAGGAUUUGAAGGAAAUUUUGACCUUUAUUUUGGAAGCUGCCUCCAGGAGUAAUCUUGCGAACAUUCCCACCAACAACAAUCGGUUAGCCCAACUGAUCAAGCUGAUAGCCCAAAAUCGCCUCGCGAUUCCCAUUCUAACCGGAGCUGAACCAUUCGAACUUCUUCUGGAAAUCGGUCUAGAAAAAAUCCUCAAAGACUACCAGAUCAUCUUCCACGAGAGCAAAAUUUGCAACCUGAAUCUGGAAAACGUUGGUCGCGUUCCAGAGAAUGCAGAUUCCAAAAACAACAGUCGAGCUUCCAGUAUGCGGAAAUCGAUGUACGAAGCAGGGCUUUCGGGAUCCAGUGACCUGACCCGACAUGCGGGAUCUGGGGAACAACGCAGCAAUGCCAUUCGAAACAGCUACUUCGAUGCGGCCGAAGCAAACCUCAAAAUUGGAAAGCUAGCCCAGGUUCACAUGCUCCUGGAGCAUCUCCUCUCAAUCGAAGCGCAUCUCAAACUGACCAGCAUCUAUCCUCAAGUAGCCGAAGAAUAUUUCAGCCGACCAACGGUCAGCUUCGAAGAGAUUCGGUCCCGCAAAACCGAUCAGCUGGAAAUUCCAAUCCUGAACAAUAAAAUUAUCGAACUGGUUGAGAAUUCGGUACCUUAUAUUCGCCGAGUUGGGAUGACCAGCAAAAAUAAGUUCAGAACCGUUCAAAGCAUAUUCUACCAGAGUGCGGAACCGAUUUUGCCGACCAACCUGUUUGGGCAGCUCAAGACCGAGGGCGGCGAGGUGAAAAAUGCCUACUGGUGCCUGGAUUAUACUAAGAUAAGUAAUCAUUAAGCUCUUCUAAUAAUUUGUUCUUUACAAAUUUUUGCAAGCGUGCCAUUUGAGGGGGAACGCACCUUUGCGAUGUAGGUAUUAUAUUUAUACGUUAGAUUUAGGCCUACAACUAACGCCGGUUCGUCGGGAUACUAAACCCAUUAAUAUAGAUAAUAUUGUAAAGUUA